AUGAGGAGACCCGCAUUCGUUUAUACCGUUUUAGGGUGCAUAACUAUUGUUUCGGCAGUGGAUUACGCGCCAGUUCAAGAUACCUGGUGCCAAUUCGCCGGCAUUGACAAGGCCUGCCAAAGAGUCCGGGAGACAGCCGAUCGCUCCGUCUCUGAAGCCAACAUUUGCUGCAAACAUUUCGACUCAGCAGACCCAGGCAAGCUUCAGCACGAGACCCCUUCAUAUACGGAACUUCCGACCUCGAUCGUUGUCCCAGAGUCCUCUAGAGCCGCUGGAUUGUCGUCAAAUGGCCCUGAGCUGUCGACGUUGGAUACAGAAACAACUGUCGCGCAAUCAGGCUCUGUGACGCAAUCGCUUAACCCGAUAACUGAGCCUGUGAUUGAUGAAGGCGUCACCUCUUCAUUGUCAACAGAGCUUAACCCUAUCACUAGUACAGAUGCCAUCCCAACCUCAAGUGGUUUCGUCGAGUCGGUCGGACGCUCCGUCAUAUUCCGAAUCUCUGUUGUCGACAACCAGAAACGCAGCACGAACAAGCGACAAGCCAUUGGGGGUUUUGUUGGGAAUGACAACCCACAAAGCUGUACAUUCGCUGCAACCUUCAACCUUACCAAAGGUCAGUUGUUUGAAGGCGGUGCAGCUAUUUACUACUCAGGCGAGAGCUACAAGGAAUUAUCAGGUCUGGAUUUCCCAUCUAGUGGGUCUAUUACACAGACAUUUGAAGAUACCGGUCGGCUUGUGUUUAGGAACUCAGCUUUGCCAAAUGGUAAGGCGGGUUUCUGUCAGACCCCUGAUGGUAUCGUCUAUGUAACUUUUACCAAUGGACCCGUUGGGUGCAUAUCUGUCGAACUUGUUGUAUAUGACGUUACACAAUGUCAAGAUGGUCGGCUCAUUGGCGAUGAUGACGAGACUGCGAUACUCUCUGACACAAUCCCUCAAGACACAGCCACACCUAGGGAGACUGAUCCCCCGAUGACUUCUGUUAUCGAGGAUACUACCACUGUGCGAGUCUCAUACAGCUCCAACGAUUUUAUGACCCAAUCUGAAUUAAUUGGUACCUCCCUCACUUCUGAUCUCGGGGCGUCCGACAUGGCUUCCUCAGAAACUCCCCAGCUACCUGCUUCGUCAAAGUCAGCUGCAACAUCUAUCUCGCAUUCAGGAUCAACAGCUACCCCCGACGUGCAGCUACCGAUUGGGUCUGAUCUCACUUCUUUUUCAAGUACCACAGAUGCGCCAGAUGGUACAUCUUCUAUCCCCUCAACCCAAGUCGACACUACCCUCACAAAGGGUACCCUUACAGACACUAUCGCCACGGACACUACUGUUAUAGAUACUAUCUUGAUAGAUACAACCAACACAGAUACAACUAUUAUAGAUACUGUCUUAAAGGAUACAACUACUAUAGACCCAACCAUUAUGGAUAGAACCAUCACGGAUACAGCUAUUACAGUUACUGCUAUCAUGGAUGUUACCAUCACAGAUACUACUACCAUUGACAUUACGUUGUUGACUACGGGCACCAUUGGCAUGGACUUUACAACUGGAGAUACCACAGAUAUUACUACCACAGCUGCUAGUACUGCGACUGCAGAUGCCUCGGCCACGAGCCCAGGCACCGCGAACCCCGCCUGCACCGAUACCAAUAACCCAUACACAGCUUCUAAUGGCGUCACCUUUACCCUCGCCUGCAAUACCUUCAUCGGCGCUGCAUUGCUUCAGAACCCCUACUUGAGUGACUUCAUUCCAUGCCUGCAGGCUUGCUCGAAGAUUCAAGCCUGUCUUGGAAUAUCAUUGUAUAGAAGCAGUUCCAUCAAUUCCUACUGUUACUUGUGGUCGUUUUUCGACGCCGGAUCUGCCGAGGAUAGCGACAGUUGGGAUAUUGCCUUCAAAGAUGCCGUCAUCGCCGACACAACUACCGCGGCUCCAGGUACCGAGACAACGGAUACCACCACCGCAGAUAGCAUCACCGCAGAUACUACCACUGCAGAUACUACUACUGCAAACAGUGUUACCACAGAUACCACAGAUACCACUACUGCAGAUACUACUACUAUAGACACCACUACUGCAAACAGCAUCACCGCAGACACCACCACUGCAGAUACCACCACUGCAGAUACCACCACUGCAGAUACCACCACUGCAGAUACCACCACUGCAGAUACUACUACUGCAAACAGUGUUACCACAGAUACCACUACUGCAGAUACUACUACUGCAGAUACUACUACCGCAGAUAUUCCUACUAGCGAUGCUACCACCCCAGCCGCCCCGACGGAGACCUCUGGUCUCUUAACCUGCGAAGAUCUCAGCAGCCCCCUGCAAGUUGGCGAUGACACUUAUGACAUUUUCUGCAAUGGGUUUAGGUUCCUCACAGCAGCUACAGAUUUUGUAACCGCCAGCUUCCUUGACUGCAUCCAGGCCUGUAGUCAGAAUGAUAACUGCAUUGGAGUUGUUUAUGUUGAACCUAACUUGAGAUGCUACUUGGCCUUUGCCUAUUAUAGCAAAGACUUUCUUGCGGCGGAUGGAUACCAUCUUGCGAUCAGACAGAGAACUUAA